AUGACGACCCAACCGGUGAGAACCCACAAGAUGACGAUCCACACGAUGACAACCCACACGAUGACCACUCACACGAUGAACGAUUACGACCCACACGAUGACGACCCAACCGGCGACAACCCACAAGAUGACGAUCCACACGAUGACGAUCCAACCGGUGACAACCCACAAGAUGGCGACCCAACCGGUGACAACCCACAAGAUGACCACCCACACGAUGACGACCCAACCGGUGACAACCCACAAGAUGACGACCCAACCGGUGACAACCCACAAGAUGACGACCCACAUGAUGACAACCCACACGAUGACAACGCACACGAUGACGACUCACACGAGAACGACCCAUACGGUGACAACCCACACGAUGACAACCCAACCGGUGACGACAGAGAAGAAGACGACGAACACGAAAACAACCCACACGAUGACGACACACACGAUGACGACCCACAAGAUGACGACCCAACCGGUGACAACCCACAAGAUGACAACCCACACGAUGACAACCAACACGAUGACAACCAACACGAUGACGACUCACACAAGGACGACCCCUACGAUGACAACCCACACGAUGACAACCCACACGAUGACGACCCACACGAUGACGACCCACACGAUGGCGACUCUCACGAUGAUGACCCACACGAUGACGACCUACACGAUGACGACCCACACAAUGACGACCCAACCGGUGACGACACAGAGGAAGACGACGAACACGAAAACAACCCACACGAUGACGACCCACACGAUGACGACCUACACGAAGACAACCCACAGAAUGACGACCCCACACGAAGACAAUCCACACGAUGA